UUCUCACUUAUUACAAAGAGUCAUUUCACUGCAAAUGUAAAACCUCUUUUCUAAAAUUCAGGGGGACCAAAUCUUAAUUUCACUCUAAAAAGAGCCCAAACUAAAAAAACUAACUUUUGCUUGCUUUUUUCUUCUUCUUCCCGCCAUGGCCUCUCUCUCAAACCACUAUUCCAAGCUCCUCAAGCUCUGCUCUGAAUCCAAGAACCAAAACCAUCUCAAGAAACUCCAUUGCCUUAUCAUCAAAGCCUUCCAAUUCAAGGACACCUUCCUCUCCAACAACCUCAUCACCUCCUAUUGCAAAGCCGGUCACUUUCUCUAUGCCCGCAAAGUGUUCGACCGAAUUCCCCAACCAAACCUUUUCUCUUUUAAUGCCAUUCUCUCGGUUUACUCUAAGUCCGGUCGACUUUCCGAUAUGGUUGAGAUAUUUAAAUGUAUGCCUUUAAAGGACGGUGUUUCGUGGAAUUUGCUUAUCUCAGGUUAUGCGUGCCGUGGAUCUUUAGGUGAUGCCGUUGGGGCUUACCGUCUUAUGUUGAGAGAAGCCCGAGUGGCUCCUAACCGGAUCACGUUCUCGACUCUGCUUAUAUUGGCUUCUUCGUCAUCUUUGAUAUGCUUGGGAAGGCAAUUUCAUUGCCAAAUUGUAAAGUAUGGGUUUGGUUCUUAUGUAUUUGUAGGUAGUCCUUUGGUGGAUAUGUACUCAAAGGCGGGAUUUGUGCGUGAAGCUAAACAGGUUUUCGAUGAAUUGGAGGAGAAGAAUGUUGUCGUGUAUAAUACUAUGAUUACAGGUUUCCUUAGGUGUGGUUUGGUUGAGGAUUCAAAACGGUUGUUUAGAGGAAUGGUUGAGAGGGAUUCAAUUUCGUGGACGACGAUGGUGACCGGUCUUGCUCAAAAUGGGUUGGAAGAGGAAGCGAUUGGUGUGUUUAGAGAGAUGAGACUCGAAGGUGUCGGCAUUGAUCAGUAUACGUUUGGAAGUGUGUUGACUGCUUGUGGUGGUCUGUUGGCACUGGAACAAGGCAAACAGAUUCAUGCUUUUAUAAUCAGGACUUGCUACGAUGACAAUAUCUUUGUCGGCAGUGCUCUAGUUGAUAUGUAUUCAAAGUGCAGGUUCUUAAGGUCCGCAGAAAUAGUUUUCAGUCAAAUGCCACAUAAAAACAUUGUUUCUUGGACAGCGAUGAUAGUGGGUUAUGGUCAGAAUGGUUAUAGUGAGGAAGCCGUGAGAAUUUUCUGCGAAAUGCAGAGGAAUGGCGUUGAUCCAGAUGAUUUUACACUUGGAAGUGUGAUCAGUUCUUGUGCGAAUCUCGCAAGCUUGGAAGAAGGUGCACAAUUUCACUGUCAAGCUAUAGUUUCAGGACUUAUUUCAUUCAUUACUGUAUCGAAUGCCAUUGUUACUCUGUAUGGUAAAUGUGGAAGCAUCGAAGAGUCACACCAGUUAUUCAAUGAAAUGCUCAUAAGGGAUCAGGUUUCAUGGACAGCGCUAGUGUCAGGCUAUGCACAGUUUGGGAAAGCAAAAGAAACAAUUGAAUUGUUUGAGAGGAUGUUAGAUCAUGGAGUGAAGCCGGAUGGAGUCACAUUCAUCGGUGUUCUUUCUGCUUGUAGUAGAGCAGGGCUACUGGAGAAAGGACGUAGCUACUUCAAGUCCAUGGUUGAUGAUCAUGGUAUUGUCCCGAUGGCCGAUCAUUAUACAUGUAUGAUUGAUCUAUUUAGCAGAUCAGGAAAGUUAAAGGAUGCCGAAAAUUUUAUAAAGGAGAUGCCAUGUCGCCCUGAUGCGAUAGGAUGGGCGACACUGUUAAGUUCAUGCAGAGUUCACAAGAACAUGGAAAUUGGAAAAUGGGCGGCCGAAUCUUUACUCCAAUUGGACCCACAAAACCCUGCUAGCUAUGUGUUACUUUCAAGUAUGCAUGCUUUGCGAGGAGAAUGGAAUGAGGUAGCAAAGUUGCGGCGAGGGAUGAGAGAUAAGAGGGUGAAGAAGGAACCCGGUUGCAGUUGGAUCAAGUACAAUAAUAAGGUUCAUAUUUUCUCAGCUGAUGAUCAAUCUCACCCGGAUUCAGAUAAGAUAUAUGCUGAACUAGAGAAACUCAAUUCUAAGAUGAUCGAAGAAGGAUACAAACCAGACAUGGCUUCGGUUCUGCAUGAUGUAACUGAGGCUGAUAAGCUAGACAUGCUUAGCCACCACAGUGAGAAGCUUGCUAUCACGUUUGGAUUACUUGUUAUACCUCAAGGUUUGCCAAUAAGAGUGGUUAAGAACCUACGGGUUUGCAGUGAUUGUCAUAAUGCAACCAAGUUUAUAUCGAAGAUAGCCGGAAGGGAGAUUCUUGUUAGAGAUGCUGUUCGGUUCCAUAAAUUCAGCAAUGGCAUUUGUUCCUGUGGAGAUUUUUGGUGAUGCUUUUUUUUUCCUGAGAUCUGUUCAGACACUAAUUGGGAUUUCAUCGAUGCAAUUGUUGGUUUCUGCCGACAAUAAUAUUUCUGAAAGAAAGUAACCAAUGAGUACAAGUUUGAAAGGAAGAUUCUUGAGACUUUGUUCUUGUUGAUGUGUCCAAACACUGAUCGGGAUUUCGGCGAUGAAAAUUGUUGGUUUCUGCUGAUUAUACCAUUCCUGAGAAGCAAGUGAUCAAUCAGCAGAAGCUACUUUUUUUUUUUAAAGAUUGGGUCUAUGCUGAGAUCAUCAAAUGUUUCUCUAUGGAUUUUUCUUUCGAAAGCCGGCAUUUAGCAUCAAUCGCUUUCCAGGAAAUUACAGAAAGGGAUUGGCUGGUUUAUGUAGUCCAAAAAAAUAUUACUAUCAGAAACACACAGAGAAAGGACAAAUGUAGCAUCAAACAUAUCUGCAGUUUUCUAACGAAACGAGAAAUUCAAUCCAUGAAAAUUUUGUCGACAUAGUUGUAUAAGGUCAGGGCAAGAAAUUUUUCAGAGUUGUUGAUGAGUCAAUACGAUGAAGAAUGUUUUCUAUUGUAUGUUUGUGCAUGUAGUGCCUGGUUUUUUUCGAACCGGGCUGGCAUCUUUUGGCAUUGCAUCUCUGUCUAUGGAUUGACUAUGUAACAUCUAACUGAUGUUUUCCCCCAAUGAAUGGAAGAAUUCGGUUUGUAACU